AUGGCUGCGGAGAAUGAGGACCAAGAGGACUAUACCCAUGAGAGAAUGUCGAUAGACAGAUCCAAAGGUGCUUCGAGAAAUUCCAAUCUUUCUAAGCCCAUACUUGUUCGAGCCAAACCAGAAACGACCCCCGGUAAUAGAACCGAUAAUCAGGCCCAUGCCUCGCGUCCCGAGGACGACAAUGAUAUAAUCGUUGUGGAGGACAGGAGGGUCAGCAUCGCUAAUGCAGCGCUGAAGGGUGUGCUUCUUGCCCAGUACUCGGAAGACGAGUCUGUGAUUAAAACAAUGCCCUUUCUGAAGUGUAUCCGCUACCUCGUUUGGGUAGAUUCGCAGGUCGGAAGUGACCAAUGCCCAGAAGAAAGUCGUGAACCGCGGGACGUUGGAAAUCAUACCGAGUUCGGUUUUCUGCCUUACGCGUCUGUCUACUGGCCGGAUCAUUUUCAAAGAGCUGCGCCUGUCUCCUUGGAAUGCUUGGACGUUUUGAAACAAGUAUUGUUGCUCUUGGAGAAUAAUUCGCUUUUUUGGUCUUCCCUAGCACGCAAAUACCAACCGAAUCUCUUCGGUUUGGAUACUGCGGAGUCGCCUCUAGAGAUAGCGGCAAGCUUGGGGGUGACACAAGUCGUUGAGGAAAUGCUGUCUCAUAUAGAGAAGCCUAUAUCCGAGGAAAAAGAAGGACUCAUUCGAAAAUCCAUGAUGCUAGCAAUCGAGCAUGGGCACUCGAAUAUCGCAUUGAGGCUUUACGAGAUGGAGCCAUCCUGCAAAGCCUCCCAGCUAUAUAAAGCAGCAUCCGGAGGGUUCAACGAGCUACUCUGUAGCUUUCCCGUAUUUAAUUCGGUGAAAGAGUCUAUAAACAGUUACGACACAGUUGGCUAUACCCCCCUACAUUACGCUGCCCAGCAUGGGCACGCAGAAACGUUGAAUCUGCUGCUCGCGAAUGUAGCAAGUGCCAAACUCCUAUCUGACGAUGGGGCCAAGAGAGCAGCAUUACAUCUGGCCGUGCGGAUCGCAAACCUGGAUAUUAUCAUGUCGCUCAUCGAAGGCGGCGCCGAUGUAACAGCACGAGACUCUGCUGAAUAUAAUGUACUGGCACUUUCUGCUGAAGGAGGAUUUGACGAGCUCAUACAGUUCUUUUAUGACUGA